GCGAGCGAUUCAAGCAACAAGCACUUGUAAGCCUGUAUCCUCUCGAAGCUAGUGGUGGCGUAGCUGUGCUACGUGCUAAAUGUUUUGGGGCAGAAGCGCAGGGAGACGCCGCCUGUGAUUGACAGCACACUCACCGCGUUGCGUUGCUGAUUCAGUCGGGUUGCUCCUGGAAUGGGGCAGUGGAAACUUUAGUUGGCUUAAAUUUGUACCAGGAGAGAAGAGGAAGCAGGCGGCACCGCUCUGGGCCUUCGGUCACGUCGCGCACGACUCCAGUGACCGACACUAAUAUUAUAACAUGGGGACCUGAGGCGAAUUCAGGUUCAACAACAUUUUGCAGCAAUAUUUCGGACUUUGCUCUUGAAAAUGGCCGGAUUUACCGAUCUGCGAGAGAAGCUCAAGUCGAUGACACCGCACAGGGACAAAGUUUUCGAGUACAGCAACGGCGAGAAGCGCAAAUACCGCGAGUCGGAUGAUGACGAGAGCGAGUACGAGGAGCGGCGGGACGCGGAGGCGCGCAGAGUCAAGAGCGGCAUUAAACAGGCGAGUAUCUUCACGCUGGAGGAGUGCGCGCGCAUCGAGGCCAAGAUAGACGAGGUGGUCGCCAAGGCAGACAAGGGGCUGUACCGGGAGCACACGGUGGACCGGGCGCCCCUGCGAAACAAGUACUUUUUCGGGGAGGGGUACACGUACGGCGCGCAGCUGGAGAAGCGCGGACCCGGGCAGGAGCGGCUGUACUCCAAAGGAGAGGUGGACGAUAUCCCGGACUGGGUGCACGAGCUGGUCAUCGAUCGCCUCGUGACGCACGGUGUUAUCCCGGAGGGUUUUGUAAAUAGCGCUGUGAUCAAUGACUACCAGCCCGGAGGCUGCAUCGUGUCCCACGUGGAUCCCAUCCACAUCUUUGAGCGGCCAAUAGUGUCCGUGUCCUUCUUCAGCGACAGCGCGCUCUGCUUCGGCUGCAAGUUUCUCUUCAAGCCGAUCCGCGUGUCCGAGCCCGUGCUGCACCUGCCCGUGCGCCGCGGCAGCGUCACAGUCCUCAGUGGCUACGCAGCUGAUGACAUCACACACUGCAUCCGCCCACAGGACAUCAAGGAGAGGCGAGCCGUCAUCAUUCUGAGAAAAACAAGGGCGGAUGCUCCUCGCCUAGACUCCAACUCUCUGAGUCCAUCCAUCGUCUCUCCUAAAAGACGGCACAUCCUCAAAGCCAAGCGCUCGCAUCGCAAGGCUGACCCCGAUGCUGCACACAGGCCUCGUGUUUUAGAGAUGGACAAAGAGCUGCAGAGGCGUUCGCUCUCGUCCCGGCAGAGACGCCACGAUGACGGCAGCUCCGAAAACUCCUGGAGGAGAGCAGACGACAGAGAGCCCGCCGCGCGCUACACACACGAUCACGCACCCACACGGCGAGUCAAAAUGAGACGCCACUGAACUCAGGCUGGGUGAACUCGAGGACACAGACACUCGCUGCUUUACUUAUCUAUUCAGACAUAUCAAAAAUGAAACUUCGAGACCCACUUUAUUUUGUUCUGUGUUCAAAGGAAAUAAAAGGACAUCGAAA